UUGAGUGGGUCAAAGACGUACAGAACGCAUUACAUUUUGUCUUCAGACGGUCUUAUCUCGCGGAGUUUACCAGCGCGGUUAUCGUAAACAGGGGCUUGAUUUCUUGACAGUUCUUUCUUCACUUCGAAAUGACAAUUGGCACCGUCACAACAGUGCACACUAAUGACGCUACGUCAAAAUCUUUUUUGGUCACUUUAUCGGACGAAGAGAAGGAAAAAUUCAUAUCACGUGUGUCGGCUGAUUUUUCAAGCAAUGGAAGAAAACGUUUUCAAUUUUUAAUUAGUUUUUGUGCUGCACUAAUCGCCAUGCAAGCCGGCAUAUCGCUCGGCUGGACGUCGCCGAUUCUGCCGUACUUCACAUCCGAAGAGUCCUUCCUUCCCGAACUAUCCGAGAAUCAGAUCUCGUGGAUAUCGUCCUUGCUAGCGUUGGGAGCUAUCGCGGGUGCUAUACCGGCCGGCAAAAUCGCCGACUGGAUCGGCCGAAAGUGGGCCAUCAUCCUGACGGUCGUGCCGUUCGCCACAUGCUGGCUCACCCUGGUCACAACCAGGAAUGUCAUCAGCAUAUAUGUCGCGAGAUUUGUCGGCGGAAUCGGUGCCGGGGCGGCGUGCGUCCUGGUGCCUGUCUACAUCGGCGAGAUUGCCCAGCCAUCGAUUCGGGGUGCCCUGGGCGCCUUCUUCCCCCUACUCUUCUCCUCGGGGAUUCUCUUCUCGUACGUGGCGGGUGCUUAUUGUUCCUACACGAUUUUCAACACCGUCUGUUGCGCCAUCCUGCUGCCUUUCGUCCUAGGAGCGCCCUUUUUGCCGGAAUCGCCAAUGUGGUUGAUGCAACAGGGCCGUGAAGACCAAGUCAUCAAAGUUUUAUCGAUCCUACGAGGAUCUCGUUACGACAUCGUUGGGGAAUUAGCCGUUCUCAAAGAAGACGUAAACAGAAUAACGAAAGCGUCGGGCGGUUUCAAGGAUCUUGUCGGGACCAAGGCUGGACGUAAGGCUGUCGUUACUUGCAUGGGACUCAUGUUCUUCCAGCAAUUGUGCGGCAUAGACGCGAUUCUCUUCUAUACGGUCAACAUCUUUCAGGCGGCUAACAGCACGAUCGAUCCAUUCCUGGCGACCAUUAUUAUUGGGCUAACCGAAGUCGUGAUGACAAUUUUCGUCGUUUUCGUGAUCGACAGAUUUGGUCGAAAGCCGCUUCUGAUAAUAUCCAGCGUAAUGAUGACCAUUUGCUUGGUCAUCCUAGGUUACUAUUUUAAAUUCAAAGACGAAGGAAACGAUGUAAGCACCUUUGGCUGGGUGCCGCUGACCAGUCUCGCUUAUUUCAAUAUUGUAUUCUCGAUUGGUUACGGAUCCGUACCCUUCACGGUAAUAAGCGAGAUAUUCCCGCUAGAAACCAAGGGCGUCGCCAGUAGCAUAUCGAUCGUGACAAAUUGGAUCCUCGUGUUCACUGUCACCAAACUAUUUCCGAUCAUGGAGUACGAGAUGGGCCAGGCAGCGACUUUCUGGACGUUUUCGUGCUUCGCUGCCACGUCUGUCGCCUUUACGUACUUUGUGAUACCGGAGACGAAGGGUAAAACGUUGCAGGAGAUACAGAAGAAGCUCGAACGAAAGAAAACAUCGAGCAUAAAAUAUCCGGUUGAGCCCGCCUGAAAAUCUCGACAUACCACCAAAAGCGUUUACCUCGUUGCGUCACGUUAGCGCAAAAAUUGGUAUUGAUGGUUCUGCUUCGAAAAAUCGUGAAGAUCGAUAAAGGAGAAGAAUGUAUAUUUUUUUAACUUUUAUUUCUUUUUUUAUGG